CCCAGUUUGACAAUCGAAGAUGGACGACACGGUGCAUUGCGUAAACUGCGGCGGAUGGGGCUUGGACCUGGUGACCAACAUCGAAAAGCUAUGCCUCCAUUGCGCCAGGGAAACCAAGGCGUUCUUCGACCCUGCGACCAGCUCGUUUUGUGCCGACGGAUACGUGGACAUCUCACCUAAAGCGGACGGGGGGGUGCUCAAGAAGAUCAUCAAAGAAGGGGACUCGAACGGCAAGUUCAUCGAAGAAGGAUGCCCCACCUUCAUUCAGUACAUUGGUCGACUGGACGAUGGCUCUAUUUUCGACACAACGCGCGAUGUGGUCGACGGCAAACAUGCGGGGGGUACCGACGACGCCUUCGAAUUCCACGUCGGCCGAGGCAAAGUCAUUUUGGGCUUGGACGUUGCGCUCUUGACGAUGAACCUUGGCGAAGUCGCGCGAUUUAUCAUUAAGCCCGAGUAUGGCUACGGGGUCCUAGGCCUGGCGCCCAAGGUCGAGCCCAACGAGACUUUGGAUUACGAGAUCGAACUCGUUAGCUUUGGCAAACCAUUGCCUAAAUUCCCAUCGCAAGCCGAAUUGGCCGAAUCUCGCAAGCGCCAAGCUGAAGAAGAUCGAAAAAUGCUAGAGGACAACCCUCCGGCGACCGUGGACGAACGCCUGCAUAGCUCGAACGAGCAAAAGGAGGAAGGCAAUGUACUUGUGAAGAAAGGAGACUAUGAAGGAGCUCAAAAGUGCUACGAUACGGCGUUUGUGCAUAUCUUUUACGGCAAAGACGAAUGGGAAGUGCUCGUGUCCGCUGAAGAUAAAAUUCGAAUCAACAACCACAAGGUGCCUUUGUAUCUGAACCGAGCGCUGUGCAAAAUCAAGUUGAACAAGUGGGCCGACGCCGAGUGGGACUGCGAUAAGGCGAUCGAGAUCAACAACACCCUGCCCAAGGCCCAUUUCCGUCGGAGUUUAGUAUUUUUGGGGAAACUGAAUGACGAGUUGGCCAAGGAAGACCGCAAGGAGUUUUGGGUCAUUGACAAAGCCACCAAGUUCUUAGUCGAAGCCGAAACCAGUUUACAACGGGCCGUGGCGCUGACGGAAGGCGUGGACGACGCGCAGAUUGUCAAGACACAGAUCGACCUCAAGCGAGCCAAGUUGACCCUUCAAAAGUACAUUAAAAACUACCACGAAGCUGAAAAGAAGCUGUACAAGGACAACAUCAUGGAUCGGUUGGUAGCCGACAACAAGAAGAAGCAAGCGUCGGAACUCCAGCACGAGUUGGAGCACGCGUUCGAGGACAUGCCGUCGCUCGAGUAACGACUCGCCCAGUGUUAAUAAACAGACGUGUCUAGUCGAGCUAGGUAGUCGGCUGUGUUGAUCGCACUCGUAAAAUCGCAUGGUCCUGUGAGGACGAUAACCACUUGCAUGGGCGGCCGAAUGCUCAGCAUCACGACCACGUCGUU